AUGAGCGGCUUCCGGUUCCUUAAUCUCGUGCGGCCAUUCCUGCCUCUACUUCCCGAGGUUUCUUCGCCAGAGCGCAAGAUUCCGUUUAACCAUAAGAUAUUAUGGACUGCCGUCACGCUCCUUGUUUUCCUGGUGUGCUCCCAGGUUCCUCUCUACGGUAUCAUGUCGUCCGACUCGUCAGAUCCGCUCUACUGGAUGCGAGUCAUCCUUGCCUCUAACCGAGGAACACUGAUGGAAUUGGGUAUUUCACCCAUUGUAACAUCCGGAAUGAUCAUGCAACUCUUGGCUGGCGCAAACCUCAUCGAAAUCGAUUUUAAUCUCAAGGAAGAUCGUGCGCUCUUUGGUGCUGCCCAGAAGCUCUUUGCUCUGAUCAUUUCCGUCGGACACGCGACCGUCUAUGUGCUCACUGGCUUGUAUGGACAGCCAUCUGAGCUCGGAGCCGGUGUUUGCUUGCUCCUCAUUCUCCAGCUCGUCGUCGGUGCCUUGAUUGUCAUCCUCCUCGAUGAGCUCCUGCAAAAGGGAUACGGUCUCGGCUCUGGUGUUUCCCUCUUCAUUGCUACCAACAUUUGCGAAAGCAUUGUCUGGAAGGCUUUCUCUCCUACCACCGUCAACACUGGCCGUGGUCCUGAAUUCGAGGGCGCCAUUGUUGCUCUCUUCCACAUGCUCUUCACCUGGAACGACAAGUCCCGCGCGCUCAAGGAGGCCUUUUGGAGGGAGCGUCUUCCUAACAUCAUGAACUGA